AUGAGUCAAUGCAAAGUAAAUCAACAGCGGAGGUUGAUCAUGGUUGUUGUGAUUUUCAUGAUUCCAGUCUUUCAUGCAAGACAAACAACAAACGGCGAGACGAGCUGCUAUCAUGUUCUCUUUCCUCCGCAGCAAUACCUUCUUCAAAAAGAUGACCCCAGCCACAUCACUGUUUCAAUCGGUAGUUGUCCGUCUUCCCUGGUGGGGAAUCGAGUGAUAGUGUUUCUCAACUCUGUGCUUGUGCAUGAGCAAGACAUUGUUGACGAGGAUAUGGUGCUCGACGCCAUUGCCAUCACAAGAGUAGUCCUGGGCUGGAAUGAAAUUCGCGUGUCCUCGUCCGCCCCGAACCUGCCUCACAUAUCUUCGCAGUUUUUUGUUUCUGUCGACUACCUGCAGACGUCAUUCUCGGAGCUUGUCAUUAAUCAGGCGACUUACUUGCCUGAGACAUCUGCAUGGCCCUGGUUUGUGAACGACAAGCCUUUCUUCCUCCAUCAUGCCAAGCUUGCAGCUAUGAAGCCCUUAGUGAAAAUCGUCUGGCCGCCGGCAGGAUACACGUUUAAAAGGAUGCAUUAUGGUCCUACCGCGUUCUCUCCCUUCCUGCGGGUCGAGAUGCUCCCGGGGUUUGGGUUCAACCUCGCGAUGAGCAUCGACGAGGAGCCGAUGAAGGUGUACGGGCCCGUCUACUUCCUCAACCUGCUCUUGGCGGACGGCGAGCAUGUUGUCCGAGUCGCACUGACGACCCCGGACUCGCAGCAUAUGAUUUCUGAAGUGCAAACAGUCUUUUUCACUGUUAACCAGACGAUCGAGUACGAGGAGGAUGGAGAAGGAGCGGACGGGAGUGAGGGAUUGCUCUCUCUCGAUCCCUUUGAAUGCUCUUCUCUCGCCAAAGACGGUUGUCAAACAUGCGUCAGAGGCAAAUGCCUCGACGGGUUCUGCUCAUGCUUUCCUGAUUAUUUUGGUGAAUCAUGUGAGUAUUCAUUUCUUUCAGAUACAAGAUAUCUGCCAGCCAAAGAUCCUUCCAAGGUUUGGGAUUUCUCGAGUUGCAACAAGUUCAUACAAGCAGAGCGGCUAUCUCAAGCCAUGGGGGAGAAGCUGAAUUCCAUGCAGUUCCAACAAACUCCUACUCCUGUCUCUGAGACUUCUCGCCGCAUAUUGCGUCUGUCUCUUGAUGACACGAGUGGGUUCGGAGUCACUUUACAUCUCAUCUCUCAAAUAUUUUCUUAUGCGAUCCGCAACAACGAGUCUGUGAUCAUGACGGGAAAGUUCUCCUACUUCCGGCAUCGAGCUUGCAGGACUCCAGGGCAAAGAGAAGACUUGACGUGCCUGUUUGAGCCAACACAGGAUCGGAGCUUCGAUCAUCUCAACAUCUCUCUCAUCCCCCCGACUUUCACCGCCAACUACCAGCUGCACAACGACUGGCACCUACCGCUGCAUGUCAACGCGUCAGGAGGAGGAAUCUUCUUCUUCAUCUCGCAGCUUUCAAGGUUCCUCAUGACUCCCAAUCGCAACCUUGAGGCUCUGCUGCGGAGAGUGAAGAGGAGGAUACGAUACCAGCACCCAAUCAUUGGCCUGCACGUGCGUCAUGGCGAUUCUUGUCCCAAGUGGGAGGACAAGCAUUCUCACCUUCCGGGAGCAAAGUGCGAGAAGCUGGAGCGAUACGUGGAGGAGAUUCGAGAGAUGAAGCGACGCUACGGUGUUACCCGCGUGUUUGUUUGCACAGACGACCCUGCUGUAAUAGAGCAGCUCGCGCUCCUCACUGACUUUCACUUCGUCUUCGUUCCUUUCGAUCGCAAGCUCUUCUCAGCGUCCGACUGGGCAAUCGAGCUGAAGCUGCUCAUGGCGACUCUCGAUCGCAGACUUGCGGCUGAGUCCACAGUCUUAGACAUCCUCCUCCUGGCCGAAGCAGAUUAUUUCGUCGGUACCCUCAGCUCUCACUUCAGCUCUUUAGCGUUCGAGCUAUCCGUUGCGAAUAAGGGCUUCGUCCCUCCCUACGUCUCCCUCGACUUUGCGUGGCAUGGGAGCCUCCUCGCUCCUGUCCAGUACUACAACGACGAGGGAGAGACGGUCGAGGCGCGCGAGCAUAACCCUGCGAGAAGAGAUCCGACGCCGAGGACUGCUCCAACAACCAAGAGCUGA